GAGCCCUUCAGAGGGGGCGGGGCGCCGUCGUCCGAGCCGGAGCUGAGCCGAGAAAGAGGCCGCCGAAGGUUUCCCCGCUGCGGGAGGGGCCAUGCUGAGCGGGCCGUGCCGACUAGCCGCGUCUGCGCUGCGGGGAGGCCCGCGGCUGGCAUCGGCCGUCGGGAGCAGGGCGGUGCACGCGGCGGGGCCCGGGCCGUCCGCGGACAGCCCGGGGUCGAGCCAGGCCGCGCCGCCCUCGGCCUUCGACGAGGCCCUGCUGGAUGUCCUGGUGUGCCCGCUCUCUAAGAAGCCUCUCAGGUAUGAGAUGUCAACGAAUGAACUGAUUAAUGAAGAACUGGGAAUUGCCUACCCUAUCAUUGAUGGUAUUCCUAAUAUGAUACCACAGGCAGCAAGAAUGAUCCAUCAGAAUAAGCAACAAGAAGAAAAAGCACAAGAGUAG